CCCCGCGCCCAGGCGGCUGCUCCCUGCUGACUGGGGUGUGGGCGGGGAGCGGCGGAGGGAGGAGGAGGCGCUGCUGGCCGCCGCGGUCGCCUCCGCUGCUGGGCGCCUGGGCAGCUCCCCGGUUUCUGCGGCCGCCAUGGACGAGCAGGCGGGUCCCGGCGUCUUCUUCAGUAACAACCACCCGGGCGCCGGCGGUGCCAAGGGUCUCGGGCCUCUGGCGGAGGCUGCACCGGCCGGCGACGGGGUGGCUGCGGCGGGGGCGGCCCGAGCUCAGUACAGCCUGCCGGGGAUCCUGCACUUCCUGCAGCAUGAGUGGGCCCGCUUCGAGGUGGAGAGAGCCCAGUGGGAGGUGGAGCGGGCGGAGCUGCAGGCCCAGAUUGCUUUCCUUCAGGGGGAAAGGAAAGGUCAAGAAAAUUUGAAGAAGGACCUUGUGAGAAGGAUCAAAAUGCUGGAGUAUGCUCUCAAACAGGAAAGAGCCAAAUACCACAAGUUGAAAUAUGGGACAGAAUUGAAUCAGGGAGAUAUGAAGCCUCCAAGCUAUGAUUCUGAUGAAGGUAAUGAAACAGAGGUGCAGCCACAACAAAACAGCCAGUUAAUGUGGAAACAAGGUCGACAGCUACUCAGACAGUAUCUACAGGAGGUGGGUUACACAGAUACUAUCCUAGACGUGAAAUCUAAACGAGUGCGAGCCUUGUUGGGUUUUUCAAGUGAAGUCACGGACAGAGACGAUGACAAAAAUCAGGACUCAGUAAUAAAUGGCACAGAGGCUGAAGUUAAAGAGACAGCAAUGAUUGGAAAAUCCGAGUUAACAGAUUCUGCCUCUGUGCUGGAUAAUUUCAAAUUCCUGGAAAGUGCAGCUGCAGAUUUUAGUGAUGAAGAUGAAGAUGAUGACAUUGAUGGAAGAGAGAAAAGCACCAUUGAUACUUCAACGAUUGUUAGGAAAAAAGCAUUGCCUGAUAGCAGUGAAGACCGAGAUACAAAAGAAGCUCUAAAGGAAUUUGACUUCUUGAUUACAUCAGAGGAAGGGGACACUGAAUCCAGAAGUGCCGGCGAUGGAACAGACUGGGAAAAGGAAGACCAGUGUCUCAUGCCUGAAGCCUGGAAUGUGGACCAGGGAGUAAUUACCAAACUCAAGGAACAAUACAAAAAGGAGAGAAAGGGGAAAAAGGGGGUGAAGAGGCCCAAUAGGUCAAAACUACAAGAUAUGCUUGCUAAUUUGAGAGAUGUUGAUGAGCUUCCCUCAUUGCAGCCAUCUGUGGGUUCACCUUCCAGACCGAGCAGCUCCAGGCUUCCUGAACAUGAGAUAAAUAGGGCAGAUGAGGUGGAAGCAUUGACAUUUCCUCCUUCUUCUGGGAAGUCAUUCAUCAUGGGAGCAGAUGAAGCACUUGAAAGUGAACUGGGACUUGGAGAAUUGGCAGGCCUUACAGUGGCCAAUGAAGCAGAUUCACUAACUUAUGAUAUAGCAAACAAUAAAGAUGCAUUAAGGAAGACAUGGAACCCUAAGUUUACAUUACGAAGUCACUUUGAUGGCAUUAGAGCCCUUGCUUUUCACCCCAUAGAGCCUGUUUUGAUAACAGCAUCAGAGGAUCACACGUUAAAAAUGUGGAAUUUGCAGAAAACAGCCCCAGCCAAAAAGAGUACUUCUCUUGAUGUGGAGCCCAUCUAUACAUUCAGGGCCCAUAAGGGUCCAGUGCUUUGUGUGGUAAUGAGCAGCAAUGGUGAGCAGUGUUACAGUGGUGGUGCCGAUGGACUGAUCCAGGGCUGGGCCACCACCAACCCCAACAUUGAUCCCUAUGACUCUUAUGAUCCUUCUGUUUUAAGAGGCCCUCUGCUAGGUCACACUGAUGCCGUCUGGGGUUUGGCUUACAGUGCAGCCCAUCAGCGCUUGUUGUCCUGUUCAGCAGAUGGCACUCUUCGUUUAUGGAACACAGCUGAGGUUGCUCCAGCCCUAAGUGUGUUUAGUGAUAAUCAAGAAUUGGGAAUUCCUGCCUCUGUGGAUUUAGUGAGCAGUGAUCCGAGCCACAUGGUAGCAUCAUUCAGCAAAGGAUAUACAAGCAUCUUUAACAUGGAAACACAACAACGUAUUCUCACUUUAGAAUCCAACCUGGAUACGACAGCCAACUCUUCCUGCCAAAUAAAUAGAGUCAUCAGUCAUCCUACUCUUCCCAUCAGUAUCACUGCUCAUGAAGACAGGCACAUCAAGUUCUAUGAUAACAAUACAGGCAAACUGAUCCACUCAAUGGUAGCCCACCUAGAAGCUGUUACAAGUUUAGCAGUUGAUCCUAAUGGCCUGUACUUGAUGUCUGGCAGUCAUGACUGUUCGAUACGUUUAUGGAACCUAGAAAGUAAGACUUGUAUCCAAGAGUUCACGGCUCAUCGGAAAAAGUUUGAAGAAUCAAUUCAUGAUGUAGCUUUCCACCCAUCCAAAUGCUAUAUAGCCAGUGCUGGGGCUGAUGCACUGGCUAAAGUCUUCGUAUGACACAAUGCAUUGCCUUCACCUUCUAGCUCUUUAUAAAUAAUCAACUGCACAAAAGAGAUACAGAAGACCAGGGCAAGAAUCAACCUGUCCUGCCCUUUUGUUCUGCCGAAGGAGCACAGAGAACAUUUGUUGAAGUAUAGUUUUGCAAUUCGUGUACUGUUUUCUAAAACUAAGGUUUGAUCAGGUUGCUGCAAGCUCAGCUGAAUCUGUGAGCCUGAAAAUCUUUCAAAAUUUCCCCCAAAUAGAAUCUUUUAUUUCUGAGUUGGUUCUAAUUCGCUAGGCAGGCCUGAGCGAACUUAGGUUUAGCUUGUUCCUAUUGAGUAAAUAGGGCACACUAAAAGGGAUAAUUAAAAAACUUGAUGACUGGGAAUGAGUAGAGGAAGAAUGGAGAUCUAGACCUAAUUAUCCCCUGAGAUACCUUGUUAAACACAUUAGGUAGUCAAAACAUUAAUCUUUACCAUAUCUGCUGUACUAACCCCUAUGUGCAUAAUGACCAUGCAGUGUUAAAAUGAGUUUUUAAAUUUAGUUCUCCUUUCAACUAUUUACAGAAAGAACCCAACAAAGAGAUUUACUUAUUAAAGGAAAAAAAGAAAUGCAAUAAUAUGUUAAAUAUAUUACUAUUCAGAAAUACUAAACAAAUAUUUAGUUUGUGAGUAGAUUUCUAUAUUGUGUUAUAUUUCUGAAAAUAGAUUAGGUAUCAUUCUAAAGUUUAGCUGUCAAAAACACUCACCAUUAUGAACAAUAGUUGAUAGAGUCUGCUUUUACUAAAGGAUUUAACUUAUUCAGGUUUAAAAUUAUGUUUAAAGGCCAACAGGGCAAAUCUUUAAAAUAAUUUCUGUUAAUUUAAAGUUCACUUUAUUCAUGUGAUAUUUAUAGCACCAGAGUGAUUAUUUCAUGUUUAUGAAGUCUUACCUUUCAGUGGUUGAAAAGAUGGAAGAUAUUUCCAAGUACUCAUUUAUCAAAACCCACAUAACCUGCUUCAGAUGAUCUCUGCUCUUUCUCCUUCGUCUCUCAUAUUCAAAUUGUCUGACUCCUACCAAAAAUAAUUCAUAAUUACUAUGUUUUACCAGUCCCUUUAAAGGGUUUGGUUAACCUCAGGCAGCUGCUUUUGCAGAAGUACUAAGUAAAGCAAACAUUUUGUACCCCUGAAAUUCUCCAUUAAUAUCUCCAAGAAGAACCUCUUGGAAAUCUGGAUAGAAGAGUUCAGUUUAGAACAUUGGCUACAGAGUUCUCUCUUUCCCUCUCCCUACCCACUCCUCCUCCAUUGUUUAAUUUCACAGCAUGUUUUAAUGGGCAGUGAAUCAAUAUUAUUUCUGGAGAAAACCAUAUUUUAAAAGACUGAGUAGGUUUUCAUGAGCUCACUUUGCCUGUGAACUACACGUGGUCAGCUCUUGGGAUUCCCAGGACCUACUCCCUAGACCUGCUAGACAGAACUCAUUCCUACAACUGUCUUGCCUGUCCUUAUAUUCUCGUUUGCCCAAAAUGUCAAAGACCAAUCUAAAAAUUAGAAAUAAAUUACUAAUGCCCAACUUUUCAGUAAAAUGUAUAUAGAAUAGGCUUUCAGAUAAAAAAAAUCCAUUUCCAUAAGUAUGUUAACUUGUUAAUGUAAUUCCUACAUUCCUAUCCCCACAUAUUCCAUUGUCGUAACAGGGCAGUUCUGUUGAUAUGUAUGUAUUUUCCUUGAAAAAGUAUUCUGGUGGUGAUGUGGAUCAUAAAUGACAAUUUAAAAAAUUUCCACUUGUCUGCCUCUAGAAUUCUGCAAUAUACAGGCAAAUUUUCUUCAAAGUUAAAGACCUGUGCUAUAUUUGCCUAAUUGAUAACCAGACAUGCACUAACAUUUUGAUAUGCUACCUUGUCAUUUCAUUGGAACUUUGGUUAACGGUGGGCUCAAAGGACUCCUUUGUAAUCAUCAAGUGAAUUGACUUGUACAUGACCUACCCAGUGAAUGUUUAUAUUCCUGUGUAGGUAGAGAAUUUGUGGACUCCUCCUUUGGUUCUUAGAGUAAAGAAUUGUUGUUGCGAACCUAACACUUGUAAAAGGAUACUGGAAAAUUCUGGUUAGGUACCCUUACUUGGCAUAUUUUUGAUGGAUGACCACAAAACUAUUGUUGUACCAGUUACUGCUUUAAUUACCUUCCAAGGUCUUCAGUGCCUGCUUUACUUAUGUAUUCUCAAAACCAAGACAUUUUCUUCACCUGCAUUUUAUGCCUCAUGGUUGAGAUAGAGAUGUAUAGACUGUAGUGCAAAUGGUGAACUGUUGAAAGUUCUAUAGAAAGCCAGUGCUGUACUGUUGGACACUGAACACAGAUAGCAAGAUUAUUCUCCACUAACACUGUAUGAUCUCCGCCUACAAAUGAGCCAAAGCUGUCUUCCAAGCAAAUAGAAGCAUAUCCAUGUGUCUGAUUUUUCCCUCAGUCUAUCAAAAAUUCAGUGAACAUUCAUAAAAUGAACAAAUACAAGAUUCAGUCAUUAAAAUGCUUUCAUAGUGCUUGAUUUGUAAAUAUUUUGGAUGAAAUAUAUUGGAAUAGUGUGAAAAUCAGCAGGAGAUAUGAGUCCUGCCUUAUUUUCAUAUGCUGUGUGAAUAUCCCUGGGAGCUUGCAGCACCUUCUCAAAACUCAGCUGUCGUAUGGAGCUCAUUUGCUACUUGAACCAUAGACAGAUAUUUAACAUAAGUGAUAUAAGGACCUUCAGUAUUUUUCUAUUGAACAAGUUUAGCAAUUUUUGCCGUUAAACAGGUAAUUAGUUAUGCAAAGUAUUUAGCUUUUAUAAUCAUUUUAGUUAUGACUAAAAGGGGAAAUUAUGCUGCAUCACUGAUAAUGAACUUUGUGAGAAAUUUUUUGUUUAUCUGACUUUCAUUCCUUCAGUAUUCUUGCUAUAAAUUUCUUUUGGAGAUAAUGAUGAUUUAUUUGAAAAUGUC